GAAUUCUCGAACUAUAAACAUAUACAUCAAGUUUUUCUUGAAACCAAUACAUAAGAAAUAUAAUGAAAAACAUAAAAGAUUUUACGGUCAAUAAUGACGAUUUAAAAAAAAUGUCUAUUACGGAUUUCUAUAAAGAUCAGGAAAUAUUUAUAACCGGUGGCUCCGGGUUUAUAGGAAAAGCUCUGAUAGAGAAACUGUUACGUUCGUUUCCUAACUUUAAGAAAAUGUUUAUAUUGUUGCGUUCAAAAAAGGAUAAAACCGCCGAUGAGAGACUUCAAGAACUUUUAGAUAAUUCAAUAUUUCAGAGAGCACGAGAUGAGCAACCGGAAAGUUUUAAAAAAAUCCACGCUAUUGCUGGUGAUUGCCGGGAGCUAGGUUUAAGCAUCAGCAGUGAAGACCUCAAACGCAUUGAAAAUGUUACCAUUAUUUUUCAUUCGGCUGCCAAUGUCAGGUAA